CUUGACGGUGGUUGUGGUCGUUAUUAAAACCGCAUUCUCAGUUAGUGGGUCAAUGUAAACAGCAGCAGCCACAGCAGCAGGAGCUGCGGCAUUAAGUGACACGAUGGAGGUAAACAGACGGGACGAUGUCAGCGGGAUGACAGUCACAAGACUGGAAGAGUUCCUGAAAAAUCCUCCGGCCGGCUUCUCCGUGGAGGUCCUCGGCUCCGGUUACCGAGUUCACAGCGACCCGGAGACGAGCCUGGUGAUCAUCGAUGACUUCGACUCCUGCAGAGGGAAAAUAGUUUUCCAGAACUCGCGGGGGAGGAGAGUUAAAAUGCACGAUCUGAGGGAGUACACCAGCAUGAGGAAGAGUCUCCUGUCCAAGAGGAUCUAUCUGCUGGUGUCCGCCUGCGAAGAGCACUGCUCAACGGCAUCCGGCGAAGACAGAGUGCUGCAACACUAUGUGGUGUCCAUCAACGGCAACGAUCCUUUCAUCAAAUGGCAGAUGGAGAAAGGCCUGGACUGGACCAUCUCCUCUGUUGCUGGGGAAAGCUACAGGGUGGAUAUUGACUUGACUGAAUUACUGGAGAGCUGGGCAGAAAAACACAUCCACGUCAUAACCGAUGAACUUUUAAAAGUGAGACCGAUGUGGAGAGACGCCUGCUUCACCCUCAAAUACUAUUCUGAUGCGCUUUUUGACUUCCCACAUUGGUUUGGCUUCAGCAAAAGACAGUUUAAGUUGAGAAUGACGUGAGCCAGCAGUGGAUGAAGAGCAAGCGGUUUCUGAGUGAUGGAGUGUAAUGGUUUUAAGACCAGCUGGCCAGGUGAGGGACCAGCCAACCUCUUGGGACCUUAUACUUCCUGUUUGGGUCCAGAUUUUUCUGCUGUUCAGUGGGUGAAAACCACUGAUAGCGAAGUUCUGAACCCAAUGAAGAUUAUUCAGGCAGUUUCUAUGUCUAAACUGAUUUUUUUUUAAAAAGCCAAACAAAUAUUGUAAUAGAUUUUACUUGAUUUAUUGUACGAUGUGUCGAAUCUGAUCGCAGAAUCAAAGAUUUGUAGACUUAAGAAUCAUUAUUUUAUUUUGUUCUAUUUUUUAACCAAACUCAAGUACAAUAAAUGCGCCUUUAAAAAUGA